AUGGAAGGGCUCAAUUUGAACAGUUUCCAAGGAGGAGACAGUUGGGAUAGCACUUCAAAAUUAAUCAAAGAAGAACUGCUGGAUGAUGACUAUUUCAAGAUUCCGGUCCCGAAAGUAGAACCAGUUUUUGAGCAAUGCGAACCGACAUCCAGUUGCUCGCCUCCUCAGAAGAGAAGAAAAUAUGAACAAAAGCUGAGCUGGAGGCAAAUUAUUCAAAGCUCGGUGUCGAACAGCGACGAUUCCGAAACUCAGAAACGUUCAAAAAGCGAAGACCAAGUUCAAUGUCGGCUGUGCCAGCAAUUAAACCACUCUCGUCAAAUGAAAACUUUUGUUUCGGAGAUGGAGAAGUUAUUAUUGAUGCUGGCACAUCUUCUCAACAAAACAUAUUCACUCGAAGAAGCUCAAUCCUUUAUUUUAAAUGUAACAAAUCAUCAUUUUAUCUGCACGAUUCAUUUCUAUGAAUCAAUAGAUUCAAUAUACUCUGCACUAGACGGUAGAAUCGUCAAUGGACUCUUUGAAUGUUCUACAGAAGCUUUGGAAGAGUUUAUGAUCACUGUGAAUAGUUUAUGUCACUGCAUGACACCUUUAAAACUUUGCGACGUUUUAUAUCAAUUCAAGUUGAAAAACAAGUGGAUACCCAAUACGCUUCCCAUCAAUACUAUCUAUAGGCAACGUCAUGCAUCUUCUAUCGUCAUAACUGAAAACCACGAAGAAUGUUGUUCAUUCUGUCAUCAAUCGAAAAAGCCAGAAGAAUUGAAAUAUGUAUCACUAAAAACUGAGAAACUGGUCUUCAUGAUCGCAUCCAUUAUUCGAAACGAAUGCACUUCUCUGCAAGGUGCUCGUUUUAUAUACGAAAAAAGUGAGAAAGCAGUUUGUCGUGAUCAUUUCACUGAAGUUAUUCUGGACAUUUUCGCUGUUCCGCUGGAAAAGGUGAUGAGAAUCGUGAGAUCACUUGGAUCAAAAAUCACUCCACAGGAAUUCAAAAUAGCAUUGAAAUACUUUAUCUUAAAAAAUGAUGGAUCAUCAAAGGAAAGUAAUCCAAUUACGCAAAUCACAAAAAAUGAUUCAAUAAAAUUGGAAGUCGACGAUUCAAUCGAGGAGACCAAAUUUUCGCAUACCGAAGAUUUCAUGAAACUUUCCGAAAAUCGCGCCAAUCGUUCAAAUACACCAGUCGAACACCUUCCUGCACGUUCCAUUUCAAAUGGUCUACCAUUCCAAGCUCUUAUUCAACAAAAACAUCCAGUUGUACGAUGCUCAAUAUGCUCUCAAAUAGAAGAGUCACCGAACUUAACAGCAAUAUCUCAAAACGAUAAACUGAUUCUGAUGGUCAAGUCGAUUCUCUGUAAUGAGAACACAGUAGAACAAGCGAGACAGUUUAUGUACGACAAGAAUGAUCAUCUAAUUUGUAUUCGUCAUUUAUCUGAAACAGUUCGUGCAAUCUACAAAAAUCUUCACAUCAGUAAUUAUGAAAGAAUGGUUUCAAGCUCCCUCGACAUAUUGAUGAAAAUUGUGGAGUCGUUCAGAGUGAUACUGACGUUGGAGGAUUUUCUGAAAGUAUUCAAAGAAUUCGUGUCAGUUAAUACUAUAACUUGUACUUCAAAUGAUCUUUUCAACACUGCGAAUAAUCUUGAUAGUAGUGCUUCUGCUCCCAAAUAUUUCCCAGGGCGUAAAAGGAGGACGCAGUGUGCAAUUUGCUUCCAAUGGAUAGAGUGGCAAUUCACAAAAUGUUUGCAUUUGGAAGAUACGAAAUUUGUUGUCAUAGUUGCAUGUAUUCUCAGUGGUAGAUGUACUCCAGAACAAGCCAAAACGUUUGUUUCGAACAAAGAUUAUCGAUCCGUUUGUAUUUCACAUUUUUCGGAUGUUUUCGAUGAAAUUCAAAAAUGCAUUGGAUUCGGAGAUAUGAAAGAUAUUUUUCACUGUGGAGAUGGACCGAAAAGAAGAAUAAUGACAGCUGUGAAUUCAGUAGCUCCAAUGAUCAAAUUCACUUCUUUCUGCGAAACAUUCUUGAGCUUUCUCAAUGGAAACAAAAAACUGAUGAUUGCAGUGUUUGAUUCUGCCAACUGCUCGGAAAGAAAGGAUAACAUUGAGUCUACAAGUUCUCAAGUGUCCGCAGUGAAAGAAGAAGGAACAAACGGAGAAAUUCCGAAUGCCGACCCACAUCAAGUCGUCUCUGAUUUUGGGUAUUUAAUGCUGCGUCCAAAGUAA